UGGCGCAUGCGCGCACGACCGGGUCACGUACCGCCCGCGUGACGUCACGGGGUAAGAUGGCGGCCUGGUGAUCCGGGAUACGGGGCCGCGAUGCCAGUCACUGUGGGAUCGUACGGACAAUCGCAGCCCAACUGUUUCGACAGGGUUAAGAUGGGCUUCAUGAUGGGCUGUGCGGUUGGCAUGGCAGCUGGAGCCUUGUUCGGCAGCUUCUCCUGCCUCCGGCUGGGGCUGCGGGGCCGCGAGCUGCUGGGGGGGGUCGGGAAGACCAUGAUGCAGAGCGGAGGCACCUUCGGCACCUUCAUGGCGAUCGGAAUGGGCAUCAGAUGCUGACAGCCGGCACCAGGAUCAAGGCCCAGCCUCGCUGCCCGACUGACAUUACACUGAGAAUAAUGGGAGAAUAAAGAUUAUUUGCUAUUGUA